AUGGAAUUUAGUUUUCAAUAUAUCCCUCAAAAAGCCGUGAAGGGCCAAGCCUUAGCAGAUUUUCUCGCUGAUCAUCCAUGCAUGGAUAUCGAUGAUGAACCUGAACAAGGACUGAACGCUCUUGAAAUAUCACUCACUCCUUGGACGCUGCUUUUUGAUGGAUCACGGACUCAGGAGGUCUCAGGCUGUGGAGUAAUUAUCAUCUCUCCCCAAGGCUUGAGGAUUGAAUUGUCUUUUCAAUUUGAUUUCUCAUGUACAAACAAUCAAGCUGAAUAUGAAGCGGUUGUCAUAGACCUUGAAAUUCUUAGGGAUCUAAAGGCCAGAGAAGUGCAAGUUAUUGGGGAUUCAAACCUUGUUAUCAGUCACUUGGCAGGGACAUUCAAAUGCUAUAGUGAGGACUUAGCCCCUUAUUAUAUGGUAGCCAUGCAAUUAAUUCAAGAUUUUGAUAAUGUCACGGUCAAACACGUCUCAAGGAGAGAAGAGUCAGAUGAUGAGCUCGAGAACGAUUGGCAUACACCUAUUAUUUCUUUCCUCAAGAGGCCCCAUCAUAGAGCCUCUAUGAAGGUAAGGAGAAGGGCUAUGAGCUAUGUCCUCGUGGGUGAUGAAUUAUACAAGAAAAGCUUUGAGGACGACUUACUUUUAAGGUGUUUAGGGCACCCUGAGGCCAUGAGGGUUAUGAGUGAGCGUGUUCCUGCGGCUGAUUAUCAUGCUGUGGUCAAACCUUCGCCAUUUAGAGGCUGGGCCCUUGAUCUAAUUGGAAAAAUUUAUACGCCCUCUUCUGGAAAUCAUACUUACAUCUUGGUAGCCACAGACUAUUUUACUAAAUGGGCAGAAGUGGUCCCAUUAAAGUCCGUGGAUCAACAAGAAGUAAUCAAGGUGAUUAAGGAAAGAAUCAUUCAUAGGUUUGGGCUGCCUCAACACUUAGUUGCAGAUAGGGGUACAAUAUUCAUGGGAGAACAAGUGGUCAAUUUUGCUGCCCAGCAAAACAUCAUUAUGUCCAACUCUACUCCUUAUUAUGCACAAGGGAAUGGCCAGGCCGAAUCCACCAAUAGGACUUUGAUUAAUAUUAUAGAGAAAAUGGUGGAAAACAAUCCAAGGGCUUGGCACGAGUUACUCUUUAAGGCCUUAUGGGCCUACAGUACUUCAAAGAAGGAAGCUACCAAUAUUACCCCUUAUAUGUUGGUAUAUGGACAUGAUCCAGUCCUACCAAUGGAAGUGGCAGUGAAAUCAGCAAGGAUAGCAUAUCAACAUGGCCUCACUCCUGCAGAUUAUACUCAGGCUAUGUUGGUAGAACUUGAAGACUUAGAUGAAGUUAGGCUCGCAGCCCUUGACCACAUGUUGGUUCAGAAAAGAAGAGUUGCUAGAUCUUAUGACAAGCGUGUGAGAAAGAAGAGCUUUUCUGAAGGUGACUUAGUUUGGAAGGCUGUAUUUCCUUUAGGGGAAAAGAAUUCAAGAUAUGGCAAGUGGUCCCCGACCUGGGAAGGACCUUAUCAGAUUGCUCAAGUCCUUAGAGGUAACGUCUAUCUUCUUAUGGGCUUAAAUGGUGGUUUGUUUAAGCAUUUAACAAAUGGAAAGUACCUAAAGCAUCAUUAUCCUACUAUGUGGGAAAUGAAAGAUUUUGGGGAAAAUAUUUUUAAUAAGCCAUAG